AAAAUUUGCUUCAACAUGAAGAGCCCAAAACACCACAAACUAUCCGACCUACCGAAAGAAGACACAGGGGAUGAAGAAGAUACUGUUGAACUUUCAUCUCAGCCACCUUCACAAUAUUUCUCAAGUAACACCUCAUCCCUAAUCAGCCACCCAGCGGUCAGACGUUUUGUGAAAAUAAUCUUGCCAAAUUUCCUGUUCGCUCUCCUGUUGUUCAAGUGAACCCAGUACUACAUCAGAUCAAACGAAGGUUUUUACUGUGAAUUCAAAGACCACGUUAAUGAAUGAGCUUACCAAUUGACUCUUGUGAUACCUGGCUGGAUCAGAAACCUAACGAAAUCAAUUAUUAUCUUCAUCAUUAUGUACUUCUUAGUUCUCUGUAAAGCCGUUCACAAAAUAUGGUGGAUCCCACUUCUAUUCUUUCUAGUAUUUGUUAUUAUAUGCUAUAAAGGAGGAAUGAGAACACAGAACCACGGAGCAAUAAACAGAGCAGCCUUCAUAGCCUCCUCAUUUAUGGUGAUUGGAUUUUACCACUUCAUCCGACUCUGAAUAAGAAUAUGGAAGAAAUCUAAACUAGCCAUUCUUGUUCCAGGUGUUUGUGUGGUCACCUUCUCAAUCCUGUUUAUCUACUUCAGAGUUAUCAAAAGUUGCGAUGGAUGGGAGGAUACUUUAGGAGGACAUAAACUGAUAAACUAUGGAAAAGGAUGAGAUAUCCCAGUCCCAAACUAUUGCUCAUUGACUACUAGAAGUGGCCUACUUGAUUUAGCAUCAUGGACCUCAAAAUGAGAGUCAACAGACAUGAAGUUUGAUUUUAAUUAUCUUCCAGAAGAACUCCAACAAAGGGACAUCAAAAGGAUAGGAUUUCCAAGAAUAGAGCAUGAAUCUAACUUUACAACAUUGCUCCUCCAAUCUUAUUUUAGAGAGUAUGUCAAGAGCCAUUUGAUAGACAUGGAUGAUCCACAAAUCGAUCAAGAAAUUAAAAAUAAUAUUGAAUUCGUCAUCGAUGUUUCUGAUAAACACAACCACAAACUUGAAUUCUCCUUAAAGCCUAACUCUACUCGAGCUGAGGAACAAAAAGAACUAAGAGAGCAGAUCAUUGAAAGGGAGAAAGCUGAUGGAACUUAUAAGAACAGAAUUGAUAAAAAUAUCUUAAUCUUGUACAUAGACAAUGUCUCUAGAGCUCAUUUUGCUAGGAAGAUGCCAAAGACAGUCGAAUGGAUAGCCCAGUUUGUUGAUAAUCAAGAGAGUCCGUAUACUACUUAUCAAUUCCCUAAAUUUCAUUCUUCCUAUUAUGCCACAAAUCCAACGUGGGCAGGUCUCUUCUUCGGACAGGACAAGGCUGUUGAUAAAGGAGGGAUGAGCAUUUAUAAUUAUUAUGCCAAAAACGGAUAUAUUACAGGACAUGCCACGGAAAUGUGAGAUUAUACUGAAGCAGGUCUGAAUUCACCAUAUAUAAAGGGGAUGAAUAGAUGGGAUCACCUCGCAACUCCAAUAACUUGCGACCCAAACUAUGAUGUGGUUGAAGAUGGGUCACUUAAUUGGUUCAAAGGUCCCCAAUCAGCCAUCAGACAUUGUUUCUAUAGAAGAGAUAUGGCAGAAAUUCAAAUUGACUAUCUCAAGCAAUUUUGGGAAGCUUAUCCAGAUAACAGAAAAAUUUUCCAAACCAAUUGGAAUGUUGCUCAUGAAGGAACUGGAGAAUUAGUUGGACAUUAUGAUGAUUUAAUGGUGGAAACUCUACAAUACUUUCAUUCCAAAAAUCACCUAGAUGACACAAUGAUAAUUUUAAUGUCAGAUCAUGGCGCUCAUGAAAUCACAGUUCAUUUACCUUUUAUCCCAGAUGACAGUAGAGAAACUGAGCAUUACAAUCCCUUCUUGUUUCAUCUAUCAAAAGAUGACAUUCCAGUUUCUAGCAUACACUACCUUACUCUAAACGAGAACAGGUUCAUCAGCUCAUACGACUUCUACGCAACUUUCAGAUCAAUAGCCACCAACAGCAAGACAGACCCUGACGAUAUCCCUUGGCACAAUUACCAUAUGGAAGAAGUACCAGAAGACUACUCUUGAAAAGGAAGUCACUCCUUUUCACAGUGAGUGUGAGUUUAG